CCGAUGGGGCGGCCGGCCGGCAGCCUGGCCCCGCUCCGGCUGCUGCUGCUUCUGGCGCUGGGUCAUGCCUGGACCUACCGGGAGGAGCCACACGACGGCGACAGGGAGGUUUGCUCCGAGAACAAAAUCGCCACCAGUCGGUACCCCUGUCUGAAAUCCACGGGCGAGCUCACCACCUGCUUCAGGAAAAAGUGCUGCAAGGGUUACAAGUUUGUUCUUGGACAGUGCAUCCCUGAAGACUAUGAUGUCUGUGCUGAAGCUCCCUGUGAACAGCAGUGCACGGAUAACUUUGGGCGAGUCUUAUGCACUUGCUACCCUGGGUACCGCUACGAUCGCGAGAGGCACAGGAACAGAGAGAAGCCGUAUUGCCUGGAUAUUGAUGAGUGUGCUACAAGCAAUGGGACACUCUGCCCUCAGAUCUGUGUCAACACUAUGGGCAGCUACAGGUGUGAGUGUCAUGAAGGCUACAUCCGGGAGGAUGAUGGCAAGACGUGCACCAAAGGAGAUAAAGCUGGGCUCCCUGAGAAGUCUGAAAAUGUGGCAAAACCAGGGACAUGCUGUGCCUCUUGUAAGGAAUUUCAUCAAAUAAAGCAGACGGUUUUACAACUGAAGCAAAAGGUUGCUUUGCUACCAAACAAUGCUGCUGAUCUUAGCAAGCAAAUCACUGGUGAAAAAGUGCUUGCAUCUAAUGCAUAUAUCCCUGGCCCCCCAGGCCAGCCUGGCCAACAAGGCCCUCCAGGGGCUCCCGGACCAAAAGGAAGUCAAGGAGUUCCUGGGUCACCUGGACCUCCCGGGCAGCCAGGCCCUCGUGGAUCAAUGGGACCUAUGGGCCCCUCACCAGACAUAUCGCAUAUUAAGCAGGGCCGACGGGGCCCUGUGGGCCCACCAGGAGCCCCAGGGAGAGAUGGUAGCAAGGGGGAACGAGGUGCACCGGGACCAAAGGGGAUACCUGGCCCACCAGGUUCGUUUGAUUUCCUGUUGCUGAUGAUGGCAGACAUCAGAAACGACAUUGCUGAGUUGCAAGAAAGGGUGUUUGGACACAGGACUCAUUCAUCAACAGAGGAGUUUCCAUUACCUCAGGAAUUUACAAACUAUCACGAGACAGUAGAUUUUGGAUCUGGAGAAGAUUACAAACCACGGGCAGCACCCAGAGACUCCAGAACACAGAAGGCAGCCCAUCCUUAGCUACCCUUACUGAAAAAUAGUGUCCCUUUAGAGUUCAAUAUAAAAAUGCACUGACAAUGUUUAAAAUAUAUAUAUAUAUAUAUAUAUAUAUAUAAAAUUUCUCAAUUUUCUCUCUGCUUUUCCUCAGCCAUGCUGCCUGUACCUGUAGCUUUCCUAGUUCAUGGUAGCCUCCUUGCAGUAAUUCCGUACCUUCAGGCCUGCACUGUGUGUUGUACCUAGACUAUCAACAAAAUAUUUUUACUAUAUAACAGAAUUAAGACAUGCUCUAGCUAAUGGCACAGACUACAGCUUUUUGUCUGCCUACUUCGCAUUCUAUGUCCAAAUGAACUAGUACCCAAAUUCUGCCAGGGUAGAGGGCUAGCUGAACAUUAGAUCUGAGUGAUGUCAGUAAGGAAAACUUUGGUCCACAGUCACUUUAUACAUGUAAAUAUUUUAUACCACUGAAGUCUCCAGCCACUGGUUCAAGGCUUAGGAGGAUGUGAAAAGUGGAUCCCUUUUCCGCAUCGGAUACCAGCUUUAAGUGAAAAGUAUCUUCUUCUAUCAUGGCCUGCUAUGGCAGAAAAGGGAAAAAAAUAGGGUGAAGCACUGAUGCAAGCAUGCUGCUGGAAUCUGGAAAUUAUUUGGUUUUGUGUUGCUAGAACAUUAUUCAAAUAGAGAUAAAAAGAUGUGUUUUCCCUAAACUAAUGCUACUUUUCCAUUACCAUUCCCACUGCUCAUUAUGAAAGCCAGUUCUCUUCCUGAACAGAUUCAUGCCAGAUAUAUUACACAGGCAUAAGCAAAAGAACAGGGGAUAUAUAAAGCAGGAAAACCAAGCACAAAUGAAUCAAGUAGGCUUACUGGCAAGCACAGUAUCAAUCCCAGCCUUGCAGAAAGAGUCAGAUUCUGACCUCCUGCAGGUGCCUAUCUUGGUGAAAGCACAAAUUCCAAGCGAAAUUCAGACCAGAGAUAGGCUUCAUGUUAGCAAAGAGCUUUCAACUCUUUCAUGUGAGCAUCCUAAAUGGAAUUCAUGGAACUGGAACACGGAGUUGCACUGUACUUGGCUGGGUAUAUGAGGAAUUUGAGUAGGUGCAGGAGUGCACAUGACAAAAAAUUUCAACUGGUACAAGGAUGGCUAAGAUGAGGCAGGCACAUGGGGUCUUGUAUUUGUGAAAGGGGAUAAAAGGGAUUGCCCUUUUUUUACACUGGAAAAUUGGAUGCACAAAUUAGACCAUACCUCAUGGAUGAUGUAUAUCACCAUUUCUUUCGGAAUUACCACAGCUGCUGAGGACUUUGCCAUGCUUAGAUGAUGAAAGAAGAUAUUAAGCACAAAAAUUCCAUGUUGUAUCUGUGUAGCUGCUACUUCUACAGUAUGUUUUGUGCUAAGUCAUGUCUAUGUUACAAAUGCAAAGUUUGCUGUGUUUUGCAGGGCUUGCAUGUUCUAGUGGAAUAAAUACUGGUAAAAAUGUAAUCAGGCGCUUUUCAGAUAGCCUGUAAAGGUCUGGACUCCCUUCCAUAUUCAAAAGAUAGCUGGUGUAAUCCUAACACCAAUGGUACAGGUCAUGUUGUAUAAACAGCUGGCUGUCUUUGACUUUUCAUAUCUUUUUAUAUCAUCUUAAGAGGACGUCUUUAUUCCUGUAAUUGUUUCCCAAACUCCUCGCUGUCAUUAUGCCACAAGCAAGGGCAUUAUCUUUAAAAACAGUAACAUUAUGUAUUCCUCUUCAUUGUGUAUCAGUAUGUGCAAAGCAAUGAAUAGUUUACUGACAUACCUUAGAAAAAGUGACAGUGCUCUCACUCUGUGGUCUUCAGGCUUCUCCUCUGGGUGGAGCUCUGCCAGCAGCUGUAUAUCCAAAUGGGCUUGUGAACCAGAUAAUAAGGAAGCUAGUGAGAUUUGGGGAUAGAACUUGUGGCCAGAAAAGGGAUGGUCUUAUGUUCAGCAGAAAUGUCUAAAAGACAGCAUGAACCAAGGCACAUAUGUCUUAUUUUAAUUUCAAGUAGGCAACUAGGUAUAAAUAACAUAAUUAACGAGCAAAUUUGUUAAAUGUCAAAUGCUAUACUUGUAACUCCUGCAUGUUUGUCACCAUACCCUGUGACCUGCUGGAUCAGGUUGAUUCCCACUACCUGAUUAGUAGCUGCAGAAUUUUGGACCAUCAAGCACUGAAUGAUGAGCCAGAUUAGUCACUUCCUAUAUAAAUAAAUCAAAUAAAUUGUUGUCUCCUGCCCACAUUAAAAAAGAAGAGUUCUAAAACCAGCACUUGUUUUAGUUCUAAGCUCUGCUUUUCCAAAUACUGACAAAUACCAAAUGAGAAGUUCCUACAGUAUGACCAUCAAAUUCAGGGGUAGGUGACAAGUGCACAGAUGUAUCCCAGGAACAGAAAUUCUGAGACUAGAACAGAAAAUGAAGUGAAAUACAUGCUUCACUGUAAGUGCAUAUUUCUGUCCUACAGACUCAUGAACAUACAAUAGGGCACAUUUGCAUGCCUUUCUGAGUGGAAAACUCAAUACUCCCAUUUCUAGAGUCUGCAUCAUUCAUUGGUCUUCACAACCUAGACAAAGGUUUCCCCACAUAAUGCUGCUCCAUUAAAAAAAAAGGUGACAUGCUCCUUGGGUUUACGCUUGUGGUUCACCCUCCUCUUUCCAGACUCCUUGCCCCAAAGCUGUUGGUGAGUCCCAGAAGCAAGGAGCAGACACUACGGUAAAGACAAGCCCACCUGGUAUGACACAGAAAUUGUUACAUCAGGGAAAGCCACUCUGAGCACAGCUGGCUGGGAAGGUUCAGUUUGUGUCCAGCUAAGAUCUUUGCAUAGACCAUUGUCAUUUUAUUGCUAAUUAAUUGUAGGAUAACUUCCAGGACACACUGUAUUGGCAACAUUUCAUCAAGAUGGACAAAUACAUAAGGACUCUCACGAUACAAAAGUGACAUUUUUUUCAGCACAAUCAAUGUUUCAUAAAGCCAGAGCAGAGGAAUCAUUGUCAGUCUUAAGAUUUGAAACUGGGUAGUCAGGGAAGCCAUUACUUUGUAAAUUAUUUAUUACUCCAUGGCCCCAAAACCAACAAACUCCCCUGAGAAUCCAAGAUGAGAAUGUAGAAAUAUCUACACUCCUGCCUAGUUUCAUUAAUAGGCUCAUGCACAUGUCAACUUUGUUUCAUAUAAAAACUAUGUAUAAUUUUAUUAGAAAUAAAUAUUAUUUUGGUGCUAAGGCAUCAAGUUAUAAGCAGAAGGAUAUUAAAGAGUUUGUUAUUUUAUUAAUAUUAGAAAUAUAUUUAAUGGAAGCAUUUGCAAGAGUGUGUAGUGAUGGGAAAAUGCUGAUUGUUAAUGAGUUUAGUGAAAUCAUAUUUUCAUACACAGAAAACUAGUCUUUUUUUUCUUUGCCAGGGCAAAAUACUGCUGCAAUAGAACCGUAUAGUCAGGUUAAAUCUGAAAAAGGAAGAAAAUGAAUUAAGGUAAUGCCUGGAGUCAUUGUUAGCAUCACAUCUUGAGUAACCCUCAUUCUAGAAGUAUUUCAGAGAUAAUAUGAUAAAACCCCAGAGAAGCAAGAAAAGACAGGGGUGAAGUCACAGCAAUUUGUUAAUUUCACAUUAAAAUGCCUAUGUUUUGUUCCUAUUACACAUUACAGUAACUAUACUGUUCAAAUUCACUUUAGUAAUGUAAGUGUAUGAAAUACUAAAAUGUGUAUGAAAUGAUUGUGAUUUUAUGAUGUAAUCAUAAUAACAAAGAUAUUUUUCUUA